CUCAGUACAGCUUGCAGAGUACACGCUGAGCAAGGAACCAUGUCUUUCGUACUAAAGGGUGUAGCAUAUAUCACGGGUGCUGGAUCCGGUAUCGGCCAGUACACUGCAUAUGCUCUUGCAAAGCAAGGCGUGCGCUCAUUCGCCUUGCUGGAUCGCAAUCCCAUCACCAAGACCGUCAGCGAACUGAACAAGAUCUCACCAGAUGUCUCUGUCAAAACGUUCGAAAUCGACGUCACCGAUGAGAAAGCCGUUGAUGACAGUAUAGAGAAAACGGUAAAGGAAUUUGGACGGCUGGAUUACGCGGUCAACAAUGCUGGCAUAGGUGGAAUGAUCAGAACGACAGAUCAAAUACCUAAAGACGACUUCGAGAAAGUCAUGGCUGUCAAUACCAUGGCCGUGUGGCAAUGCCAGCGUGCGCAGAUCCGCCAGAUGCUCAAGCAAGAGAAGCUUUCGGACUCCUAUCGAUCAUACCGGGGCUCUAUCGUCAACGUCGCAUCGAUGUACGGCCUGGUUGCACCACCACUCAAUGUACCUGCCACCGCAUAUGCUACGUCCAAGCAUGCUGUCAUUGGCCUUACGAAGUCAGAUGCACUCGCUUUCGCACACAAGGGUAUCAGAAUCAACGCGAUCUCCCCAGGUUAUGUGAUGACACCCCUAGUGAAGGAGCACAUGAGUCAGGGCGACAUGAUGGAAACAGAGAGGAAGAAAGUCCCUGUUCACCGCUACUCGGAGAUGGAGGAAAUCGGCGACUUUAAGAGCCCUCGUAGCGGCAACGGUUUCCACUCACUGCUCAGCUUCAACUUUGCUUUUCUUCAUCUUCCCACUAGUUGUACACUAUCCACAAUGGCGGACGGCUUCAUCGUCCCAUCCACGGCUGCGCCAGAGACUGAUGCUCAGCAUCGGUUACGGGGUCCAAUUCACGCGCAACGCCAUGUGCGCGUUGUCUGUAUCGGCGCGGGUGCUUCGGGACUUUUGAUGGCAUACAAGCUGCAAAAGCACUUCUCAAACUAUAGUCUCCAAGUAUAUGAGAAGAACGCCGAGGUUUCGGGGACUUGGUACGAGAAUAGAUAUCCGGGAUGCGCGUGCGAUGUUCCUUCGCAUAACUACACUUGGUCAUUCGAGCCGAAAUUAGAUUGGUCCGCAGUAUACGCCGGCUCGAAAGAGAUCUUUGCCUACUUUAACGAUUUCGCGCGCAAGUACGGUCUCCGCAAAUACAUCAAGACACAACACCAGGUUGUUGGCGCAACAUGGAACAAGCAGAGAGGAGGAUACGAUGUGCAGGUCAAAGACCUAGAGAACAAUCAAAUCGUCAAUGAUCAUUGCGACAUCUUGGUUAACGCGUCGGGUAUUCUAAACAACUGGCAAUGGCCUGCGAUACCGGGUCUGGAUAAGUACAAGGGCACACUAUUACAUACCGCAAAUUGGGACGACAACGUUGAUCUUAAAGGCCGCCAUGUUGGCUUGAUUGGAAACGGUUCCUCUGGUAUUCAAGUCCUCCCCACCAUACAACCACACGUUAAGAAAGUCACAACCUUCAUCCGCGAGCCCACAUGGGUCUCACCUGUGCAAGGCCUCGAACAACAUGUCUUCUCCGAUAGCGAAAGACUCGAGUUCGCCACCAAGCCUGGCGCGUUAGUCGAAUACCGCAAGCACAUUGAGCGCGGCCUCAAUGGCCAAUUCGGCAUCUUUCUCAAGAACACAAACGUCAACUCCGACACAGAAGCCUACUUCCGCAAACAGAUGACCGAAAAACUAAACAACGAGUACCUACAAGAGCGCUUGAUCCCGAACUGGCAUGUCGGAUGCCGACGAUUGACACCAGGCGUCGGCUACCUCGAAGCCCUAGGAAAGCCCAAUGUACAAACCGUCUACGGCGAGAUAAAUUCCAUCACCGAGCGCGGCUGUGUGUGCGACGACGGCAACGAAUACCCCGUCGACGUACUCAUCUGCGCCACAGGCUUCAACACCUCCUUCAGGCCUCGUUUCCCUGUGAUAAACUCCUCUGGCACCAACCUCCAGGACGUGUGGGCCAAAGAACCACGCUCCUACUUUGGUCUCGCGGCCGCUGACUUCCCAAAUUACCUCAUUUUCCUAGGACCCAAUUGUCCCAUCGGCAAUGGCCCCGUUCUAAGCGCUAUUGAGGCGCAGGCAGAUUACAUGUGCAAGCUCAUUGAUCGCUUCCAAACACACAACAUCUCUACUUUUGCACCUAAAGCAGAAGCUAUUGAUGACUUUGUAGCUUUCAAGGAUGAGUACAUGAAGCGCACCGUCUGGCAUGACGCAUGUCGCUCAUGGUACAAGUCUCUCGGCCCGGAAGGCCCCGUAACGGCACUCUGGCCUGGCUCUACACUUCACUAUAUCGAAGCCCUGAUGGAACUCAGACUAGAGGACUGGGACGUGAAAUACACUGGCAACAGGUUCUCAUGGUUGGGCAAUGGUUAUAGUCAGACGGAGAUCGAUCCCACGGCUGACUGGGCGUUUUAUGUUAGGGAAAAGGAUGAUGAUGAGCCGAUAAGUAGGUUGAGAAAGUUGCAGCUGAUAAACAAGAGUGGGACGCUGGAGCCAAGCGAGGGUGUAAAUUUUGCGGGUGGAAGGGCGGAGGGAGUAGCCAGCAUGAAGGAGUCGAAGCUAUAG